AUGAGCGAGUCAACGAAGCGACGACAUCAGGCUCGCGAGAGCCCCAGAAAGAGACGCCGUGAUCGAAAUCACCAACCUGACCCCGGUUUUGAGAGAGAGAACGACACCUCCAGCACCGGCUCCCCGUCCCUCGUCCCGACGAAGAAAGGCCCAGGGCGCCCCAGGGCUGCUCGCGCCGGCUUACUCGACAGAGAUGCACUGAAAGCGACACGUGACUAUCUCGAAAACGAAAGGCCACCGGUGCGAGAUGAAGACCUUGACGAAAUCAUUGGGCCCUUAGCACCCCCUCUGAGCGACUCGUGGACCCAACUGGAUGAGGCGAGGAUGAUGAUCGUAUGGAAUGCGUCGCCCGAGAAGGCGGCAUACGCAUGCAUCACUGGGCAGGGAGGGGUGGUGACGGCACUGUGGAAAGUUUGCUUACGACUAUUCAGACGUCCACCCAUCGACAUCAUUUCGCCGUUGCACAAUCUUCGAUAUCAGCCCUUGAUUGGGCCCUACCAGCCUGGGACAUGGUCCCGAGAAUUCUGCAAUCUUCUUACGCCCCUGCUCACACAUCCGAUAUGGCAAGGCUCCCCUGAGCGACUAGCCAUGGCGCUGCAGUAUUCCGUCAUCUGUCGGACUGACGACCGUCGCCCCUGGAGCCCUCAGCCCUUAUGCCCCGCGCUAAUCAAUUUGAGAGAUUCCAUGGACAAGGCCGAUGGUUCGGAGCUGUCACGAUCUGUCCACCAUAUGCACAAAAAUGCACGGUCAUUGGCCAUCCGGAAUGAUGGCGAGCCUUCCCAGAUGUCCAACCUCCUCGUCCGCAUCCACAAGACGGUAAAAAACUCCAGCUCUGAGAGAAUCCCGGAACGCGAAACCUCUUACCAAGGCUUCGGGGUUUAUGCCAUCAACAACCACGAUUUGCGAGUCGUCAAAACGGCCAUCGACAAAGAAUUAUCACCCACCAUUGACGAGGCCUAUGAACUGUUCAAGGCAGAAAAGGGUGGUGGUUUGGAUCUUCCCAAGGCGAGCCAGCUUCGGGAAUUCCACGAGCGUGCAGGCCGGCGUCACCUGCGUCUCAUGGCAAUAAAGCAACGGGACCGGGGUGCGGACAUGGAGCUAGAGGCAACAGGGCUUGGAGUUGAUGCUGAGUUGGAUGUGUCUGGUUGUGAAGAAGACCCGAUUGUCAUCCCCGGUGAUGAGUAUAGCGAUGCCACGUCUGUUUCUGUUGCGACACGCGUCGCUCGCCACCGUCCUCGAAGCCCAACCCGCCCUCCCGUGCCGAAAGAUGCAUCAGCUAUGCCCGACACACCGACUGCGAGGGUAUCGGAUGAUUUGCAAGGGAUCGUGGAGACCAUUUGUGGUUUCAUUGAUCGCCGAUUUGAUCAACUUGAGCGCCGACUUGACCAGCUUCGUGCAGACCUAACUGCCUCUAUGGAGGCUCAAACAGAGGUUCUAGAAGGCAUGACAGACGAGAUGGCGACCAUGGCCAGUGGUAUCAGAGGCAUGUACGAGCAAUCACGCGCGCUUAACGACCGAAACGAGGCCUCCAAUAGUACACCGACCCAAGCUGAUGUCCAGCGUCACAGCCUGUGCCCGGAAGUGUCACAAGGAGCGGACCAUGAGGCUGCACGGAACCGAACCUUUAACCCCAUGCCCAACGCGCAGAGAGUUGAGAGACGGGACAGGGACCCAGCGCAAUUCGGUGACCGGCAUCCCAGAAGCCCAGCUACACUCCAAGAUGGCAAAUUGCGGCUCAACAAUGUGCCUCCGGGCUGGAUGCCCCUCUGGCAGGAAUCUCAACGGCACUGUGAGGGCAAGAAUCGCUCUUGA